CGAGGAAUCACCGUUUUGUCUUCGCUUUUAGUUAGAAAGCAGCGGGGGGAAAUGUCCAGCUGAGGAUUGGAAAUCCUGAAAACCGCAGGGCCUGCUUUUGUAAUGAUUGAUCAAUGCUUCGACAAUGGCGCUAAAGGUACAAGUUUUAUAUGACUUCACUGCUGAGGUUGGAAACAACGAGUUGUCGGUGAAAGAAGGCGAGACACUUACUAUCACUAAUCAGAGUAUUGGAGGCGGCUGGAUUGAAGCGCAGAACUCCAGAGGGGAGGUUGGACUGGUGCCAGAAGACUACAUCGAGUUGGGUAAGCCGGUACCAUCGUUCCCAGUAGCAGGAACUGCAGCACUAACUCCGAAUGUUGCAACUCAAGACCUGUCCAUCUUUGAUUCCUACGCUCCCGCAGCAGCACCUGCAAAUAACCAGGUGGAUGCUGGGGGCUUAAGUCCCCAGCCGGACACCCCUGACACCCCAGUUUCCCCCUACCUUCCGUCCCCCGAUGAGGCUAGUAACGGUAAUGAUCCCUGGUCUGUGUGGAACGCGGACCCCUCGGGGGGCUCCAACAAUAACUGGGCGUCCAACCCAGAGGGCACGCAGACUGGGAAGGCUCCAGCUGAACCCUGGGGCCCCAUAUCACAGGGCCACCCUCAGGCUUACCAGGGCCCAGACAUCUACCCGUAUCCUUACCUUAUCGAUUACAAAGGAGCGGAGGAUGAUGAGUGGGAUGAUGAGUGGGAUGACAUAAAGUCCACAGGAGGUUACGCCGAGUCAGAAUCUGGAGACGGCGGAGCAAUGCAGAGAGGUGGAGCUCAUGGGUCUUCGAUGAAAAUCUCCCUCAACAAGUUUCCUGGGUUCUCCAAGAACGGUCCAGAGCUCUACCUCCUGUGCAAGCAGCUCGCUAAGGGCAAAGAGAAGCUGCCAAUCUAUGUUGGAGAAGUUGGUCCGGUGUGGUCUUAUCCAGAAAGUCAGCUGGACUGUGUGGUGGCUGAUCCCAAAAAAGGCUCAAAGUUGUACGGCCUCAAGAGCUACAUCGAGUACCAAAUCACACCCAACACCACAAACCGACCUGUCAAUCACAGAUACAAACACUUCGAUUGGCUGUAUGAGAGGCUGCUGGACAAAUUUGGGUCAGCCAUCCCCAUCCCGUCUUUACCAGACAAGCAGGUGACGGGGAGAUUUGAGGAAGAAUUCAUCAAGAUGCGUAUGGAGAGGUUGCAGGGCUGGAUGACCAGGAUGUGCAGGCACCCGGUUGUUUCCUGCAGUGAUGUUUUCCAGAUUUUCCUCACCUACAAGGAUGAGAAGGACUGGAAGAUGGGGAAGAGAAAAGCAGAGAAAGACGAGACGGUGGGAGUGAUGAUCUUCUCCACGAUAGAGCCUGAAGCUGGGGACCUGGAUUCUGUGGAAGUGGAGCAGAAGUGUGAGCAGUUCAGCCGGUUCACCAAAGCCAUGGAUGACGGGGUAAAGGAAAUCCUCACAGUGGGCAACGAGCACUGGAAGAGAUGUACAGGCCCUUUGCCGAAAGAGUACCAGAGAAUCGGCAAAGCCUUCCAAAACCUCUCCUCCGUGUUCACCAGCAGUGGAUACCAAGGCGAGUCGACCCUGACUGAUGCCAUGACGGCAGCAGGCAAGACGUAUGAGGAGAUCGCUCAGAUGGUAGCAGAGCAGCCCAAGAAAGACCUCCACUUCGUCAUGGAGACCAACAAUGAAUAUAAGGGUCUUCUUGGAUGCUUCCCGGACACCAUCGGAGUCCAUAAGGCCGCCAUAGAUAAAGUGAAGGAGGCCGACAAGCUGGUGGCCACCAGUAAAAUCACCCCUCAGGAGAAAGUCACCAUGGCUAAACGAGUCAGCAUCAUGUCGUACGGAUUACAAGCCGAGAUGAACCACUUCCAUAGCAACCGCAUCUAUGACUACAACAGGGUCAUGCAGUUGUACUUGGAAGAGCAAGUGAAGUUUUACGAGACGAUUGCAGCAAAGCUGAGACAAGCGCACAGUCAGUUCACUACAAUGUGAAAGCCUUCAGUCUCGCACUACAAGACGAGUUAAAGCAGCUCAACAUCCAAAAUAUUCUUGCUUACACUGCAUUCUUCUCCCUCCCUUUAAUUUAAAUUUCACUUCUCUCUUUCUCUCGCUCUUACCUCAUCUCUUCCUUUACUGCUCAGGGUGCUGCAUUCGUGCGGUGCCCUCAGAACUUUAUGAACAGUUGAUGAGCAUGUGCAGCCUCUGAAAGGGCUUUGACACUUUUUUUACGGCCAGCAAUGAUAGCAGAACAAGCCGCACUUGAGACACACACACACACACACACACACACACACACACACACACACACACACACACACACACACACACACACACACACACACACAGUUUCCUCUGUACAAGGUCCGCAGCUUCUGACACGGGGAAGUAAACCCAUGAAUUGCUGCUUUGCAUUGACUUUCCCUAAGUCAUAGCUUUGUACAGCUAUAGGUGCCAACAUGUCUGCUCACAUUAUAUCUACUGAUUUUAAAGCAAUACUAUUUUCUACACGUUGUCUGCACAGUGAUGUCGUGACACCAAAGCCAUCCUCCUCUCUGUCAGAAGAGACGGCAGGGGGGUGGGUUUUCUGAAUGCAGCAUUGCUAACAAAUCAGAGCUUUACUGCCGAUGUUUUAUAAUUGUUUUGCCUCUUAGUACCGUUAACAUUUGAGGGAGUCCUAACAUCUCGUGUAAAAGCAGUGGAGCAUUCUCUUUUUAUGAAUCCAAGUCUUGGAAGAGUUGUCAAAGCCCGAGUGUGUGUCCUCUGUAUGUCCACUGCUAGCACUCCCCUUGCCCCCCUCUCACCCUGCACUUCCUCAAAAGCUAACAGGAAGCUCCACCCCCUUCCCUUCUUGUCCACGUGCCUUGCCCCUUUUUGAGGAAAAUGGAAAUGGUUGACUUAGACCCCAGCCGGCGUACCAUGACACUGCAGUUUACAUUUCAGGAAAGACGACAACAUGUGGGAUAAUGAUACUCAAGUUGGGGUUCAUCAUUUAAAGUGUUGGACUUUAAAGCCAAAAGUCUUUAAGAAUUAUUACCUCCCGUCUUUCUCCCGUUGUCCUGAAGAAUAUUUGUCCUAUUUUUUCUUUUUGACUGGAUAACGGUGUUUUAUAUGAAGGUGUAACGGCAACGUUAGCUGUAAGAAUCUGUACUAUAAAUAAAGUUUGGGACGGAGCCAUGGAUUAUGUCAUGUAUGCAGUUUUUUGCUUUUGCUUUUCACCACCCAAGUUUCAAUCAGUCUCUAAUAUUGUUCACGCUUUGUUUUCUUAUCACUUGAUACAUGAAAAUAUAUACAUAUAUUCUAUCUGACCUAUCAGGUGCUUGUUGUCUUUGAGAAACUAUUUUAUGUAUAGGAGUAUUUGCAAUACUGUGUAACUCAAAGAGGAGCAAAAAUUCAGUUUGAUUUAUUAAACAAUGAUUUGUACUCA